UGGGGUGGGGGGGGAUAAAACCUUCACGUCAUAUCCUGUUAGCUUAGCAUGUAGAUAGAAUGAAAACAACCUCCGAUGAUUUGUAGCACAAAUAACAUCGUAUAGCAACUAUACAGAACGUAACCGCAUCAUAUAUUAUUAAUGUUAUUAUUGUGAAAGAAACACCGUGAUGGCGGCUUUGGUUUCAUGUUGUUUUGGAUGUUGUGGAGACAAUAACAGAGGCCACGUAACACUGAAGGAAAUGCCCACGGUUCAGCUGGACACUCAUCACAUGGGUACUGAUGUUGUCAUUGUGAAGAGUGGAAGACGCAUAUGUGGAACUGGUGGUUGCAUCGCAAACGCCCCUCUCCAUCAAAACAAGAGCUACUUUGAGUUCAAGAUUCAGUCCACAGGUGUCUGGGGAGUAGGAGUGGCAACACAGAAAGCAAAUCUGAAUCAGAUCCCUAUGGGUAGAGACCCACACAGCCUUGUGCUCCGGCAAGAUGGCACUGUGUACCACAACAAUGAAGAGAAGAACCGGUUACCUGCAAACAGCUUACCGCAGGAAGGAGACAUUGUGGGUGUUGCAUAUGAUCACGUGGAGCUGAAUUUGUACCUUAAUGGGAAGAAUAUGAACUGUCCAGCAUCAGGCAUUAGAGGAACUGUUUAUCCUGUAGUUUAUGUUGACGAUAGUGCAAUAUUGGAUUGCCAGUUCAGUGACUUCUACCAUCCUCCUCCGCAAGGCUACCAAAAGAUCAUGUUUGAGCAGCAGAUCUUCUAAAGUUCAUGUUGUGCUGUAUAUACACUAAAGAAAUGUACUCCACGGCCAGAAAUUGAAGUGCUAUGGUGACAACUGAACUCUUGAUGAUUAUGCUACUCAGCCUACUGAAAGGAGUUGAAAUUAAGUCAUCUGUGAUUUAGACUUGUGUAACACUGACACAUAUCUGGCCAUUUCUACUCCGUUUAAAAAGUCAUCCUAUGUCUUUCUGUUAUAUCAUCUGUGCAUUAAUGAUCUAGGCCCCGAUCUCAAAAGUUUUAUUCAGAACAUACAUCUUUAAUUUACACUUUUUAAUUUGCAUUUACUGAUGUACAGUAUUAAACGGGUGCAGUUGUGAACAUUAAUUUUUGUUUAAAGGCUGGUUUGAAGACAAAAACGGGUAAUAAUGGAGACACAUAUUACUGACCAUCAUGACUUUAUACUUUAUUCAUUUCAAGAGAACAAAGUGAUGCUGAUACUGAUUCAAAAUACUGUCAAAGCUCUUUGAUUUCAUUGUUGUCUGUCUGAUGUAUGAGCUGCACCUGCACACACCUUAUUCAUCAUGAUGACUUGGAUUUAUACAAGCUCUACACAAAUACAUAUAUUUAAAUUUCAUGGAGUUUAUAUUUGGUUGUAUUUUUUGGUUGUAUACACAUUAUGUCUUACUGCAGUUAAGUGUAACUAAUAUAUUAAACGCAAGCGAUACAAUAGAAUAAGUGUAGAGGUUAUUUACCUUAAAUAUUUAAUAAUUUGACCUGAAAAACAUCUGAUUGUGUUCUCUAAUUAUGAAAUAUUGCAAAUGAUCACAAAACUGUUUUUAAUAAAUCAAUGAGUAUUGAA